AUGAAGCGCUCCUUUGUGACUACAAUUGUAGCUGUUUUAACAGUUUCCUUCGCUCAAUUUCAAAUAUCAGCCAUUGGUCACGAUGCGAUAUCUUUUAGAGUUUUGCAGCAGAAAUCUUAUUACUUUGGUAAUAUCUUUAAACUAAACUGGCACAAGGCGUCUGCGUUCUGUAGGUCUCAAGGUUUAUUCCUAGUGUCGAUCAAAAACCAAGCACAACUGGAUGAAGUAAUUGGCUAUGUAAGAAAAAUUGGAUAUUUCCUAACCGAGGAGACUCUACAGCUGUGGACCUCGGGGAAUGACCUGGAAGAGAAAAAUCAAUACAUCUGGACAUCGACGGGCGAACGGAUAACGCUCAAUCGUUGGUCCGUGGGUGAGCCUAAUCAUAUGAAGGAGGACGACUGCAUAAUAGAGCAGUGUGUAGUACUGCAGCACUAUGAGCCUCCAGCAUCCGGUCGAGCAAACUAUUCGUUAGACGACAGGGCAUGCUAUAGGGAAUAUUACUUCUUGUGUGAAUCGUUAGAUGGUUAG